AUGUCGGGGGCCUCACUGCCAGGGGAGGGUAGAGCCCGGCGCACACAGGGGCUGCUUCUCCCGGUCACACGGCACGUGGCCCGAAGUCAGGAGACCUGGCGGCUGCUCCCGAGAGCCCACAUCGUGGACAGGCGAAAAGGGGUGUGGAGCCCUGGCCUGACCACCUGCUCCCACACCCGCCUGGAGCCCGGGCUGGGCAGUAGCGUCGUCCCAGGGGAGGAGGCUGGAGGACAAGCCGCCGCUGGGUGGGCGCGGGCGUGUUUACCCAGGGCCGGGCGUGUGGCUCAGGGUGGCGCCGCUGUCAGCCGCGCCGGCCGCCCCGGGCCUGUGCUGGCCUCCAGAUGUGCGCUGGCUCCAGCCGGCCGGGCCCCCCCACCCCACGCACAGAGGGGCUUUAUCAAAAGCGGCUGCGAGGAGGGCCCGGGAGGCCGCCUGGCUCCAGCCUGCUGGCUCCGAGCCCCGGGCCUGCAGAAGCCAGGCGAGCCGCACGCGGGCUUUUGCGCCCGGGUCUCGCUCCGCUCCGCCGCCGCCCGGCCACCCGGACCCGGGGGGGGGGGGGGGGCGAGGGGGGCGAGGGGUGCAGCCCCCCCCCCCUUCCGGGAAACCGAAGCUCCAGGAGCCACCCGGAGGGGCGACGAGCCAAGAAGACUUCUUUUUCGCAUCCCGCUGCACGGACACCCCCUGUGCUUGUGUUUGGGGGCUCGGGAGUAUUUUCUGGACGAUCAGCUCUUAGAACUGCAGGACACCAGCUCCAUGAGGGAGGGAGAUGGCUGGUCUUAUGCAAAGCAGCCCCCCAGCACACAGUAGGUACUCUGUAAGUGCUAAGUGGAUCAGCAGUGGACGCUCCAAAGUCCUGAUGUCUGGGCAGCGGUUGGGGACGGAAGAUCCAGAUGCUGAAAGGUGGCCCCUGGAGUGGAGGCCCAGAGGCAAGAGCAGGUCCCCAAGGCCACCAGGCUGGAAUUCCUACACCUGGCAGCCUCCCGGAGGCCCUCACAGCAGCUGUGCCUCUGGCCCCCCGGGGCCCACCUCACCAGGUCCCACCCUGAGUUGACCAAGGGCUUCUCUCACCAGAGACGGCAGCAAAGAUGGGAGGGGACUCCAAGGGCAACUCCUGAGUCAUCUCCAACAUUUAUGGAGCACCAACUGUAUGCCCUGCCUUGGACUGGGCAGCACAGAGAUCGUACCUCAGUGACUUCCUGGGGGCCGGGGGUGGUGACUCAACCAUCUCCCUGUCCUGAGGCCCUAGCUCUACAAAAUUUAUGGAGCAUCUACUGGGUACCGGUGACUAAACUGAAGGUACCUGCCUACCUGCCAAG